AUGGCGGCCGAGGAAAACGGCCUGCUGUACAACAAGGCCCGGUCAGCGUCCAUAUGCGCGUUCGGGUUCCCGCCCGGCAGCACCGAAUACCUGAUGGCCUGUGCCAAGGGGGCCGCGUCUACGCCUCCGCCACACAGGCACGUCGGCGGGGCGGCCGCUAUAGCGGCCGCUGAGGACAACAAGCGCCGUCGACCGGCUGUUCGGUCGCAGAGCGCCCGGACCAGUGGUGGCCGGUCUAUCCGGAAAAAGGCGCUGGUGGCCGCGGCCGUGGGCGCCCAAUACGGCCAACAUUUCAGCGACAGCAGGACGAGCAUCCGCAGUGGUUGUAGCGACCCGAGACUUCACGAGUCUUCGCCCCAAGACGGGACAGCGUUCAAACGGAAACCAUCUUCCAAGAAAGUCAACUCGAACCACAGGAAAUCCGGAGCGUUCUUAGAUGUGCCGCCGGGUGAAAACAAAAAGCUCACGGAACCCGAAGAUCCUGAAAACUCAUACAGACUUAGGUCGUUUAGUUUCACAUCAAAAGGUAUCGUCAACAGAGGCGAUUCGUUCAGAAAACGCAGGUCGAGGAGCAACAGCCUGGCCCGAGAAGACGACCCUAAGGAAUGUACGCCACCGAUUCCGUACGACAAUAAUAGCCAGCAGCAGCAGGUGCAACAACAGCAAGUUCAGAAUCAACAACAGCAGCAACACCUUCAAAACGAAAGCGGCGAUGACAUCAGUUCGCACACAGUAUGCCUAAUGGGAUCAAGAGGAGUGGGCAAGACCACUCUCAUAAGUCAAUUCAUGACUUCUGAAUACAUUAACGCCUAUGAGAGGCAAAGAGACAACUACGAGUCGUCAACGCAGUCAGUGUGCAUAAUGUUAAAUGGCGAGGAAUCUGAAUUGAGGUUUAUCAAUGACGGAGAAAUUUCGAUGAAAGAAGAUCGUCUGACUGGAAGCAAACCAGCAGACGCGUACCUGGUGAUAUUCUCGGUGGUAGAUAAAAACAGUUUUGAAUCAGCCGAGACGAUUCUGAAGAACCUCCGGGAAAACGAAAUGUCACGAUCGAGACCAGCCAUAUUGGUCGGCAACAAAGUCGACAUGGCCAGAAGCAGAGAAGUGACGGCCCAAGAGGGUAGAUACUUGGCAUGCACGUGCAGGGCCAAGUACAUCGAAGUGUCCGUCGGCAUCAAUCACAACGUCGACGAGCUGCUGGUGGGUAUCCUCACGCAGAUCAGACUCAAGCGGGCCAACAGUGGCGAGGGACAAGACCAUUGGUACAAAAACCGUAACAUCUUAAAAGCCAGUCUCAAAGCUAGACAGAUGUUCACAUGGGUGUUUGGCAAGGAAGACACGAAAAUGAAGAAUUGUGAAAACCUUCAAGUCCUCUAGCCGGUGUGUCGAAAAAAUAUACUAUAAUAAUACGCGUAUUUAUUUAAAUUUUAAAUACAAUUUCAUUGUUUAAUUCGUAGUUUUAUUUUGUUUAUUUUUUUUUUAACGAUUUUAUACAUUAUUAUAUUUUGAGCAGAUAAGUUGUUUGUGAUCAUAUAGUGGUUAUAUGUAUAUUAUACACAUAAAAUACACUUUCGUUGCCGUUGUUUUCGUUAGACAUUUAAUGUUUUCAAUGAUAUAUUAUAAUUAAAUCAAUAAUUAUUAUACAAUAUACAUCUACCACAUAUACGUAGAUGACAUAUUUUAUAAUAAUUAUGUAUACGAAUCCGUACGAUACGAACUGCGUAAUUUGAAAGGCGUUUUUUACGUUAUUUCUUCGAUUGCUAUACAGUCCGUCAACUAUAUUAUUAUCGUUUAAUAUUAUAUAAUAUUAUCAUAUUUUGUUGUGCAAACAGAAACGCGCAAAUUUCACGUUGAAUGUAGGCGGAGUUUAUGAGUUUAUUCAAAAUGUAAUCCCCACUAAUUUUAAAUAAAUGCAUAGGAUGGAUGAAUUUACAGCAGCCAACGAGGAAGUAUUAAAACGUCUAAUAAAAAAUAAUCAAUGACGGUUGAUGAACAUAAAACGGAUAUGGCCGAUAUGGGUUUCUUUAUAAUUUUCAAAAAUAAACAUAAAUAAUUCUAUCCUAAAUGUACCUACUAAUUUUUUAAUACCCAAGAAUAGCGGACGUGAAAUGAGACGUAUACUUAAUUAAUAUUGAUUACUUUUCUAUAAUUCUGAUAAAUCGACGGGCAACGGAUAUCGAUUACCUAAUUACUAUUUACGAGUAUUAUCUAACGUAGACAAAAAUAAGACGGUAUUUAUUAGAAGUACUAAAAAUCACUCGUUUUUUUUUUUUUUUUUUAGUGUUGA